AUGGAGAGCAGGAGGCUCGCAGGACCCGUUGACUUACCGAACGAGUUGCUUAGAGUGAUCCUAGAUGAUCUACCUGACGACGCAAUCUAUAACCUUGCAUCGACUUGCAAGGAUCUCCACCUCUGUGUGUUACCCAUCUUCCUGGAACGCAACGGUCUUAGGAUCACAUCGAGUGAACACAUCUCACUCGUAAACCCAUCGAAAGCCGCAUUUCGCGCGUUUGGGAGGUCUCUCUUCACUCAGAAUCUGCGCAGUGUUUCAUUCUACCCAAAUGCGGAUCUCACUAGGUUGCUUUCAGACCUUCGCACUUUGCGACGAAUGGUUGAAUUCAUGCCUGAGAUAACGGAACUGACCUUGCGAUAUUCCUCAUUCAACUGGUUGGUCCACUCGAAACGCUAUCAUGAUCAAGCCCAACUCGACGUGGAAAAAUGGAGGCUAGAAUUUGCGGAGUUGUUGGACGCUGCGUUGGCCAAGUCCUGCCAAUGCCUGUUGGUGUACGGUGCCAACCACAUCUCUUUGAAAUAUUCAAAUUUAUUGGGACGCUUAUCUCAAAUGGACGGCUCAUCACCACAUACUGGUGGCCCACAAUCAGGGCACAUUUUACCAAAGAGUCUAUACCAACUUGCAUGGCACAAGUUUCUAUCGAUCCUUGGAAAGGCCUGGGAUUACACCUUGAGGCCAGCAUCUUCAACCGCCCCCGCAAUACGACAAUCGCCCUCAACCGCUCGAAAAUCCGAAGAUGUGGAGGCGACCCUUGAGAGAUCUAUCGAGCAGCUCACACCUCCAACCUUCUCAGUUCUUACCACAUUUCAUAUCCACUCUCAGAUGCUGCUCCAGCCCCCUCUUCUUGACUGGACCCAAUCCAGACUCCAGCUCAGCGCUGCAACUCUUACCGACCUCAGCCUCAACGUUGACGGCAACUCCUUACAUACAUGGACUCCAAUUUUCUCCAAACUCAAUCUUCCCGCCCUCUCCAAAUUCGAGCUCAUCUGCGACCAAUUGGUCCAGCCUACAGGCGUGCAUUUCCGCAAUGUGGCAGCAUUCCUGGCACGCCAUAAAUUACUUGCCUCUGUGCACCUCUACGGACUUACCCUUCCCUGUGACUUAUCCCCCCUUCAUUAUAAACCACCCUUCCUUCCUGGGUUAACCAGCCUUACUGCCCAUCCGAGUUUUAUCGCGUGGUUCUUCAAUUGCGAUGCUCCCUUUGUGUACCAACCAUUUCCAUCUGUAAUGGUCAGCUCGGAAUUCAGCUGGUUCGAUUACGAUCUAUUCGACGAAGCCCUCAUAACUCUAGCGAACCGCCCCGAAACUGUCAUGAAACUCGCCCUCCGCUUCGUCACAGGGAACGGCGUGGUUAACUGGAUCCAGAAACAUGUUUCCCUAGGGCAUUCGAGGAGUUGUUUAUCCACCUUGAAGAAUGUCAAGCAGCUCAGUAUCCAUUCACAUCACUCUCUGAUGCUGAUUUUUUCAGAGAAAGUGGUCAAGAUUCUUCCGUCAUUUCUAGCUCUUCCCCCAAGCUUGGAGGAUGUUAUUUUCGCAGAGCAGUCGUUGUGGGUCGAUCAAUUGAUAAAUGGUUUAGCGAAAGAGGUUGAAACAUUGUGCCCGAGGAUAAAGCUGUUCUCGGUGGAUGCGUUGCCAACCGGUUUGGAGGAAUGCCAGCCGGACGAUUAGCCAGCUCGUACAAUCUUUGAUUGCUAAGCAAUCAAGUACAUGCACGGUCUGCCGUUAAUCCGGAGCAAGGGUUUCUGAUGUUUCUUGGCCACGUUGACCAAUCUCCGCUCAUUGCCUACAGUGCAUUUGUCUUUGGACCAGCUCGAGGUUGAGUUUUGGCCGAUAGAAAGUGAACUUUGUAUGUAGUGCUUUCAGCAUCCGCUUUACUUCAAAUUAUGAUAGCUGACA